GAGCAUGCGAAUCGUGCAUCACACUGGUACGAGACGGUGCAGGAGUAGGAGAUACAGGAGUGCACUUCGGGAGUAUACAGGAACAUCAAGAUGGAAGACGGUGACAAUAAAGUGGAAAUCGAGUUAGGUAAAGAUAGGAAGUCCUAUGCCGGUAUACCGGAGGCCGACUUCGUGGACGAUGUCGAGGCUUUCAUGGCAAAGCCAGAAAAUGAAUCUGUAGACAAGGUACUCAGAAAGCUCGACGAGAGCCAUGGAAAGUACAAGUUUAUGGAGUUUAACCUAGUCAACAAACGAAGACGCUUAAAAACACAGAUACCAGAUCUAGAACGGUCUCUAGAGAUGAUUGAGAAACUACAGAGUGAGAAGAGUAGUUUAGAAACCCAAUUUCUAUUAUCGGAACAAGUUUACGCGAAAGCAAUAAUACCGCCAACAGACAAAGUAUGUUUAUGGCUGGGUGCUAAUGUCAUGCUAGAAUACACCUUAGAUGACGCGCAAGAAGUGCUGACCAAAAAUAUUGAGGCAGCUAAGAAGAAUUUAGGAUAUGUAGAGCAUGAUUUAGACUUUGUUCGAGAUCAAUAUACCACUAUGGAAGUGAACAUGGCACGUAUCUAUAAUUGGGAAGUGAAGCGCAGACAGGCGGCGAAACCCACAUGAAAUUUAUCAAUCUUGUACUUGAAUUUGCCUAAAAUCAAGAGAAUACCUACUACAAAAUAUUUACCACAUUACGAAGAAUAAACUUUGUCAAUAAGCAGCACGAGAUAUUAAAAUUUUCAAAAAAAGACUUAGAACUUAUUUGAUUAUCAACUUCGUCACGCAUUAAUAUUUAUCUCACAAUAUAAAUACAUCUAUACAUCUAAACUUUUGUAACAUUGCUAACUAAAAAUACUAUUUUUUACUUUCACAUAUUGACUUUAUUUGCAAUAUAUUGUACAAAUCCCAAUAAAAAAUUCCAUACUGAUUAAGGCAAUAAAUGAUAUAUUUAAGAAUAUACGUAUAUUGUAAUAAAC